AUGAGUCAAUACAAUGAAUUAUUGAAGUCGCAAACGGCGGGGACUUUGUCUCAUACAUUAAAUGAAAAACAGAAGGAAGCAUUUAAAGAACUUCUAGAUGAGGAAUUCAAUAAAGUGAAUAUCAUAGGUUUUAAUUCGGGAAAGUUUGAUUUAAAUUUAAUUCUUCGUGAUUUAAACACUGCAAAAUGGAAAAUAAAAUCAAUGCUGGGUUCAUCUUCACAAUUUAAGCAAAUCAUUGUAAAGAAAACAAACGUUCCAUAUGAAUUGAGAUUUAUUGACAUCAGAAAUUAUAUAGCGGGUGGGACAUUAGACCAAUUCACUCAAGAUUUCGGAAACAAUAAAUCACGUGUUAAAUCCUUUUUCCCUUAUCAAUUCAUCACGUGGAAAAAUUACGAAGAAGAAUUAUAUAAAGUGGAACCAUUCACGAAAGAUUCAUUUUAUUCAGCAUUAACUCAAGAAACUAUAUCAGAUAGUGAUUAUCAAAUAUAUCUCAAUGAUGCUAAAAAUUUUAAGAAUAGAUUAGAAUAUUUUAUUCAUUAUUGCAAUAAAGAUGUUGAAAUUAUGAUUGACCCAAUCGAUAAAAUUAUUGAAGAAACAUUUGUUUAUAAAAUUGACACGCUUCAUAAUCUUUCUUUAUCAUCGAAUGCUUCAAUGAUUCGUUACGCUUUAGCAUAUAAAGACUUUAAUCCUAAUGAAAAAUAUCCUGAGGAAGAGAUAGAAUCAAGUUUUGAAUUAACAAAAAAGUAUUGGAAAUAUAA